ACCAACCAAGAGACAGGCAAGCAAAGCAGAGCUAAUGGCAACCUAACAAGUAGAGUAUCCACAACAAAUAUAUAACGUAAAUUAAACUGAGAGCUCCGAGAGAGAGAGAGAGAGAGAGAAAGAGAGAUCACCUACCCCUCCUCUCUCUCACUGUUCCUUCUAGGUUUUCUUCCCACACUCCCCUAUCUCUCGUUCUCUCCGCCUUCACUUUCGGCUUCACCAACCAUUUCCCAGCCUUUCGGAUACCCAUUUCUUCAAACUUUCUUUCUAAUCUCAGCUUCCAUUGGUUACAAAUCAUACCCUUUUCUCAAUUUUCUCUGAAAAAAGAUGGGGUUUUUGGAUACCGCAUCUGUCCAAAACCGAAUCUCUCUCGCCCAAACGCUCUGAAUUUGGUUAGAAACCAUGAAAACAGUGUCUUUGGCUGUUCGCUGAAACCCCUUGAAAGAUAGCAUAUUUGCGAGGUUCUGAUCAAUGGGUAGGAGAGGCAUCCAACUGUUCGAUGAUAAACGAGAUGGUUUUUUCUCUGUUUGUGAUUUGGGCUCUCAGUGGAGCCUACAAGAUGGGUCCUUUCACCCCGGAGGCUUAUUCGCCAGCGUUGGUCAGGUCGGAAUGGGUGCCUUCACGCCUAAUCCUCCGGAUUCCCGAGACAAUGGUGGCGUGAAGGUACCGUACGCGGAUUUGUGCGCCAAGUACAUGUCGUCCCUGGAGGGGUUUCGGAUAGUCGGAGUGCGGGAAGGGGAGGAGGGGAUUGUGACGAAGAAGAAGAGGAAUGGUGGUCUUCAGUUGAAGAUUAAGGUCUCAAAUCCUUCGCUUAGGAGGUUGAUAAGCGGCGCGAUAGCCGGGGCGGUGUCUCGAACGGCAGUGGCGCCGCUGGAGACGAUAAGGACGCAUUUGAUGGUUGGGAGUAGCGGGCAUUCUACUACCGAGGUGUUCCAAAAUAUCAUGAACACUGACGGAUGGAAGGGGCUGUUUAGGGGCAAUUUUGUUAAUGUAAUUCGAGUUGCGCCUAGCAAGGCGAUAGAGCUAUUUGCUUACGAUACAGUCAACAAGCAAUUGUCACACAAACCUGGGGAACAGCCCAAACUCCUAAUUCCUGCCUCUUUAGUUGCUGGGGCCUGUGCUGGAGUCAGCUCAACUUUGUGCACAUAUCCUCUUGAGUUACUCAAGACCCGACUAACUGUAGAGAGAGGCGUUUACAAUGGUUUAUUUGAUGCAUUUUUAAAAAUACUAAGAGAAGAGGGGCCUGCAGAACUCUACAGAGGCCUUACCCCUAGUCUUAUUGGGGUAAUUCCAUAUGCUGCAACCAACUACUUCGCCUACGACACAUUAAGGAAAGCCUACCGGAAAAUUUUCAAGCAAGAGAAGAUCGGCAACAUCGAAACUCUUUUGAUUGGGUCAGCUGCCGGAGCUAUUUCAAGUAGUGCAACUUUCCCACUUGAGGUGGCUCGCAAGCACAUGCAGGUGGGGGCUCUGAGUGGAAGGCGGGUAUACAAGAAUGUGCUCCAUGCACUUGCAAGCAUAUAUGAACAAGAAGGGAUUCUAGGAUUGUAUAGAGGGCUGGGCCCUAGCUGCAUGAAGUUAGUUCCUGCUGCCGGGAUUUCUUUCAUGUGCUAUGAAGCAUGCAAGAGGAUACUGGUGGAGGAUGAAGAGGAAGCAUGAGACAGUUUUUUUGGAAGGAUACUACUGGUGGAGGAUGAAAAGGGAAGCAUAAGACAGUUUUUUGGAAGCAACAAAAAUUCACAUAAUGCACAUCUCUCGCAGCAAAGGAGGAAGUGAGAGUACUCCUUUUUCAUGUGCCCAAGGUCAAGUUAAUUUUGUUUUUGUUUUUGUUUUUUUACUCCGCGACUGGAAUUUUUUUAUUUAUUUUUAUUUUUGUGACUCAGUUCAAGGAGGUUUGUGAGGUUACAUCUGAUGUUUUUGGAAAAUAAGAAAAUCAAGUUUAAAGAA